AGGGACUCAGCUGCCCCUCCAGAGACGCUGCCCGACCGGCUGCGCCCCUCCAGCAUCUCGUUGCAGGACACAUCCAGGAGCCCGCCCCUGUUGCUUGUGCCGCUGUGGUUGGAUGAGACGCCGGCUGAACGUGAGGGCACUUCCUGUCGCGGAAGAUGGCGGCGGAGGUUUGGAACGCGGCGGACCUUCCAUUCCCGGGCUCUGCCUCCCUCACCGUCGCCUGCACCGACCUAGACAGCUGCAUAACUGAUCUUCAUACUGCUUGUGAAAAUGCCAUAAGGGUAUUAACUGAUAAAUCCCUUUCAGUGGAGCUUCUUGUCCUGCGUUCAGUGAUUUAUACUUUCCAUAACAGGCUGCAUCAGCACAAAUCUUACCUUGUCAUGAAGCAGGUUGAACAAUGUGCAAAGCGUUUACACAAAAUGCAACUUAAACAUUCAAUUCAAAGUCUGAUCAACUCAUGUUCAAGAGUCAUCAGAAAGCGUAAGCUGGAAAGCUGUCGUCCAAAACAGGUACCCAACCAACCAGUCCUGGAGUGGAUGUCACUGAAAGUAUUGGGAGGUAGUAAACUGAUACUGCGGCUGAUGGAUAUGUGCUCCAAAGCAUUUCUUUUGACUGCUCAGUUUCUUCGUUAUGGACAAUACAUAGUCCUAAAUGUGAUUAUGACAGGAAUUCUCAGCAGACUGUGGGUCCUGUUUAAAAGAAUCUUAAUCUAUCUGGAUGUUUUAUAUGACAAACUGUUGGUGGCAAUAAGUGAAGUAUCUAAAAUUCAGUAUUUGCCUUUUGUGAAGGACUUUUCCUUCCCUGUUAGCCUCAAGCAGUGGCUUGGUCUUUCUUGGAUCAAGGGAAUACAAACUAAAUUGCCAAGCCUUCCAUCUCGGAUAACUGGAGUACCUUUGGGAAAGCCAAGUUUACUUGAAAAGUUGUUCUUGGAACCUGAAGCCUUAUUAUUGGCAGAUGAUCAAAGUGUAUCAUUAGAUGAAAAUAAAAUGAAUUACAACAACGUCACUAAAAUCACCAGUCAGUUUCUGGAUAUCGGUGUUCCUGUACAGGAUCAAAGACUCUGUAAAAUUGGAACUGACAGACAGUUUGGAUGUAAAAAGAAGUUUCUGCAGACUCAAAGUCACAACUUUUCCGUGAAAAAACAUAAGUCUGAGGGAGAAUUUAGCUGCAAAAGAGUGAAGAAGAGUAAACAGCUACUUGUUCCACUGAAUGAGUUUUUGGAGAGGAUUACUGCAGCACAGACUUUAAGUGUACUGUCUCAGGAACUUAAGAGAAUAUUCCAUUGGUUCAGGCAAAGGAAACUAAAGCACGAAAGCUGCUAUUUGGGAAAUCAGUAUCUGAAAUGUCACAAACUGAAGAUGGUGGAAUCCCUUGGCUACAGCUUUCCAAAGAAGACCAGUUUCAUAAAAACCUCCGUGUGCAAAUAUCUCAUCAGGAAGUCCCAGAGAACAUUCCAACAAGACAAAAUAUUCAAAAAUCGUCUGAGCAGAAUGACCCUUCUACAGAAGUAUAAGAUAAGCCACAAGAGACGGCUAAAAUUGUGCAAGAUACAGUCAAGAAGGAAGAAGUCUUUGCUGAAAGCAAAACACCUUAGACUUAAUGCAAAGAAAAAGAGCAGAAAGUUGCAUACAAUCCCACAUUUUGAUUGUGACAGACGAGCUUCUGUCAAGAGACACGCUAUUACUAGAAACAUGCCUGCUGAACCUGUUGGAGACAUUGGUCAGGAUCAGAAUCUGAAGAAUAUGCCGCACCCAUCAGAAAUAGGAUCUCUACAUGUGCCAAAUGCAGAUGAUAUUGAUAAUAUUUUUGCAUCAAUUGGAAUAUAGUUUGUUCCUUUAAAUUUAAAAGCCAUUGCAAAUGACUGCCAAAGCAGGAUAUGGGAAGCAAACCCUGAAGUGCAAUUAUGGUGCAAUGCAUUUUAAAAAUAAGAUGGUUAUCGUGAUACUUGUGCCACUUUAAUUAUUUGGUUCUUGUUACAACAAACCUGGCUGUAAUGAAAGCUACAAGAAAUGCAUCUGUAGAAAUGUUUCCUCAUUCAAAUCUGCUCAAUAAGAAUUUGCACUGAAUAAGUAGUAAAAGAAGUAAUGUCAAUUUUAUCACCUGAA